UUUGCCACAAGGGUUAUUGCUCAUGAGAUUGAUUUGUAGAACACACCUGUGUCAGAGGUGAUGACAAAGAAUCCAAUUUUCGUUUUAUCUGAUACUCUUGUUGUGGAAGCCCUGAAUUACAUGGCGAAAGGUUGGUAACAGUAUUUACGAUGAAUUGUAUGUUGAUUGUUGGUGUUAAUUUGCUGAACCUUCUUAUUAAAUCCGUGCAUAAAAUUAUGGACAUACGCAGAACAGUUUAGACAGUUACCUGUUGUAGAGAAUGGCAAGGUUAUUGGUUUACUUGACCUGCUUUUAUCUUUAUUUGAUGAAACCGCAAAUACUGAAACAACAGCUGAAAAUUACGACAAGGCUGUAGAAGCUGCGCAUGCAGUGCAAAGAGUCACACAUAGGGCUUUAAUCGUGGAGGAAUUGCCUCGAGAUAGUGCCAUGAUUAUACCUGAAACCAAAACUAUUUACGAAGCCUGCUGUAAGAUGGUUGCUGAUGAAAGUGAUGCUGUGGUACUCACUGGCUCAAAUGUGAUAUUCAGUGGUAUAUUGACAAAAAAGGAUAUUGUAACAAGAAUCAUUCCUUGUGGUAUCGAUAUUGUAAACACACCUGUGUCAAAGGUGAUGACAAAGAAGCCAAUUUUUGUGUCCUAUGAUACUCUUCCCACGGAAGUCCUGCCAAAGAUUGUAUUGCAAGGGUUUCAAUCGAAAGAAAGACAGUGGGGCAAAUGGGUAUAUCAGAGGCCUUGAUAUUAUCUCAAACCACAACUAUUUAUGAAGCUUGUUGUGCGAUGGCUCUUCAUAGAGCUGAUGUUCUUGUAGUAACCAACUCAAAUGAGUUACUUACUGGGAUACUAACAAACAAGGAUAUUGUAAAAACAGUGAUUGCUUCUGAGAUUGAUUUGUUGAACACACCUGUCUCAAAGGUGAUGUCAAAUAACCCAUCUUGUGUGAUGUUUGAUACGCUUUUUGUGGAUACCCUUAAAAAGAUGGAAUAUAAAGGAUUUACACAAUUACCUGUUAUUCAAAAGAAUGGCAAGGUAACCGGUUUAUUUUAUAAUACGGGGGUGUCCACAAUGACUUACUACGAGAAAGUUUUAGAAGUUGCGGCACAAGGAUCUGCUCCGAGGGGUCUGAAAAUGAAGCAGAUGCCUCUAGAGCAUGCCCUGAUGGUACCUGAAACCACAACUAUCUAUGAAGCAUGUUGUCGGAUGGCUGUUGGAAAAUUUGAGGUUGUAGUACUCACCGACUCAGAUGGAUUAUUGAUGGGUAUAUUGACAAAAAAGGUUUCUCUUCAAUCUUCACUUUAA